AGAGAGAGAGAGAGAGAGAGAGAGAAGAGAGAGAAAAAAGAGAGAAAAGAGAGAGAGAGAGAGAGAGAGAGAGAGGAGAGAGAGAGAGAGAGAGAGAGAGAGAGAGAGAGAGAGAGAGAAGAGAGAGAGAAGAGAGUGAGAGAGAGAGUGAGAAGAGAGAUUAUCUUCUCUUCUGGACACAAGCAAGUCAUAGGACAGAGGACUCAGCAGGAUAACACGACCAAAGGAAUUCAUUACUGCAUCACUUAUGAAAACACCAAGACAUUAACAUCCUAA